AUGGCUAAAUGGGUGAUAGUUAACAGUUCCAGAGUAAAGAGCAAAUCAUAUCAAUCGGAUUCAGUGAACAAUAGCUCACAACUUGCACUCAAAAUGAUUCCUCUGCGGUGUUGUGUCAAGAAGUAUGAUUGGGGACAGAAAGGGAUGGACAGUGCGGUGGCCCGGUUCGUCAAAAACCAAAUACCCGGCUAUUCAGUGGACGCCGACUCUCCACACGCUGAGCUCUGGAUGGGCACCCACCCGUCGGGGCCCACGAUUGUGGUCAGUCCUGACCCGGAACUGGACAACAAGACGUUGUUGAAUCUGUUGCAGUCAUUCCCGGAAUACGUGGGAACAGUCAAUAUUGUGGCCAAAUAUGGGGAUAACCUUCCGUUUCUAUUCAAAGUGUUGUCCGUAGGGAAGGCGCUGUCAAUACAGGCGCACCCGAACAAGCAGUUGGCCGAAGAGUUGCACCGAACGGAUCCUUUCCAUUACCCGGAUGCUAAUCACAAGCCUGAGAUGGCGAUCGCAUUGACAGACUUCGAGGCGUUGGUUGGAUUCCGACCUCAUUCGGAGGUCGAGGCGUUCUUAGACAACGUGCCGGAGUUUAGGGCUGUUGUGGGCAACGAGUCGACCGCUAACUAUAAGAACUCGGCCGACAAGAAACAGGGACUCAAACAGUUCUUUACUGCACUGAUGUCUGCGCCCGAGAAUGUUGUAACGCAAAACUUGGAGGCAUUGGUCCAGAGGUGGUCCAGAGAGGAGACCAUAGACCCGGAUAAGGAGGCGCUGCGGCAACUGUUUCUUCGCCUGUACUCGCAGUUCCCUAACGACAUCGGAUGCUUUGCCAUCUUUUAUCUCAAUUAUCUCAAUCUGAAACCAGGAGAAGCCAUAUAUCUGGGUCAGGACGAGCCCCACGCCUACAUACUGGGAGAUUGCAUUGAAUGUAUGGCCUGUUCUGAUAACGUGGUUCGCGCGGGACUGACCCCUAAGUUCAAGGACGUGAAGACACUGAGCAAUAUGUUGACUUAUAUCAGCAAAUCGGCAAAAGAGCAGUUCCUCUCUCCCAAAGUGGUCGACGAGUUCACCAAAUCAUAUGUGGUUCCGGUGCCAGAGUUCGUAGUGGACGCCAUCCAAGUGGACGGACAACACGUGAACCUAACCUUUGAAUACGUGCUGACGAAGAAGGAGAGCGGUUCCAUAAUAAUCGUCAUCAGAGGUGAGUUCAAUUGCAACGAAACAGCUAUAACUGCCGGUUAUGUUGGAUUCAUUCCCGCCAUGACAUCGCUCCGUAUCAAUCAACUCAAGUCUCCUCUCUUGAUAUACAGAGCCUAUUGUCGAACUGAUUGAGUAAUAAUUAGUCGUCUAUUAGUUUUAGUUUAGUUUAACUUUAAUUUAACAAAACAUUUAUACAAUAUAUCAGAGAAAAGGUUUAUAAUUUUUAGUGAAUAUUCAAAUGUAUUCUAAUCUAUCAUGUGAUACACAAAAUGAAUAAUCGAUUCAAACAUAUAAUAAAACAGUUUAAGCGUUUUAAGUAUUAAUAUAAUAAAGCAUUUCUAUUGGAAAAUGUCAAAAAAUUUUGUGCAAUAAAUUAAUUAUUUUAAUUAUGGUU